AUGGGGGCCGAGGCCCGCACGGGACAAGGGCCAUGUGGCCUUUCCAGUUACUUGAGUUUGGAGCCAGAAUGCAAGACCGUGAAGCAAAUAGCAGCAGCCCAGGAAAUUCCACGGUUGACUUGCCUUGCUUGCAAGCUGAGUGGAGAGCUGAAGCUUUCUGUGGUUCUGGAGGCCAGCUGUGCAUCACGACCGAAUAGCUUGAAAGUGGAAGACACCAAACUGAGAGAUUUUUCUGCACUAUGUUUUGGGCAUCUGUCCCCUCUGGUGACUGAACUGACUAAUAAUGUCAUUUCUAAAUCUGCUUACCUGUCCCCUUGUCUGCCAACCUGUGUGCCUUUUUUGUAA